AUGAGAGGUGCCACGCAAGUCUCAGUGAUACUCCUCUUGGUGACCGUGUCUGACUGUGCGGUGAUCACUGGGGCCUGCGAGAGGGAUUUCCAGUGCAGGGCGGGCACCUGCUGUGCGGUCAGCCUGUGGCUGCGUGGGCUGCGGGUGUGCACCCCGCUGGGGCGGGCAGGAGAGGAGUGCCACCCCAGCAGCCACAAGGUCCCCUUCUUCAGAAAACGGCAGCACCACACCUGCCCCUGCCUGCCCAACCUGCUAUGUUCCCGUGGCCUGGACGGCAGGUACCGUUGCUCCACCAACCUGAAGAACAUCAACUUCUAG